GACGAAUGCAACGUUUCCGUUCGUCUCGAUCCGAUGUCGCUGCUCGAAGUCCGUUUUCGCGCGUUUCGUUUAUCGACGUCGCGAAUCGCGAAAGGAGGAGGAGGAGAAACGCCUCUAGAGAGCGUUGAGAAUUCGCGACGAAAAUAACGAAGCGAGCUUCGGCUAAAAUUAUUCGACCGACUCGAAAGACUGUUGGCAGUCGGUGCACGGUCGUCCGCCCUCGGUAAUCGAUACACGGUUGUCGGUUAAAUCGUUCGAGGCGAUGUAGCACCGAUGGAGAACGCGGAGGAACGUUACAGAAAUUUGUGCUCCCUGGAGACUCUGCGAUCCGGUAAGAGAGGAUUCUUCGGCGAUUUCAGCGAACGCGUGACGAACCACGUCGGCGACCGAUGGAUCUCGAAGGUGUUCGCUCGCUUCGCCAACGACGAGGAUAGAAUUCGAGCCGUGUUCGCGGACGCGAAGAUCGCAGAGGUCGCGUUGGAGACAUUGAAUCGCACGGAUCUCCUCUACAGGGGCAAGGACGCGAAUGCCUCGAGGACGAGCAGGCUGGAAGGUUUCGUGUCCGCGACCGCGGCCAAACGACGCGAGGCUCUCUCGCGCUUCAGCCAAGCUGUUCUUCGCGCUCCGUUACCGGGUUCGUUCUUUUUUCGCGCGGCCGAUUCGACGCUCCCUCUUAUCGAACGCUCCGCUAUCGUUCCAGGCAAGGACGAGAAGGUCGAUCGGGGAUUCGGGUUACCGCUCGCGCUCCUCGCCAGAGCCGAGAUCCUGCUCGCCGAGAACGAGCACGUGCUCGCUCUCCAAGACUUGCGUUAUGCCGAGGAGCUGGGUCUUCCGGACGAGUUCCGGUUAGUGUCCUCCCGCGAACGCUAUUUUAAGGUUCCGCGCGCGGAAUUUCGUUCGUUUUGUCUUUUCAGAUCGGAACUCGCGCGAAAGAAGGAGACGUGCGAGAGAUCGAUGCGCGAGAACGAGAACAGUCUAAUUUCCGCGAAGGAGCUCGAACGACGGAGAGGAUGGACGAGCGUCGAGAGCAAACCGUUGCCUCGCUUGGCCGCAGGCGAAAAUCCGCGGCUGCCGGGCGCGUCGUCCCUGCUGGAGAUCGAGGAAACCGACGACGCCGGUAAGAGAGCGAUCGCCGCGAAAGAGAUCGUUCCCGGAGACGCGUUGGUGGUCGAGGCCCCGCUCGGCGCCGUUCUCUUGCCUGACUUUUUCGGCACUCACUGUCACCACUGUUUCUCCAGGUUCGUCGCACCGGUCGGAUGCCCGGACUGCAGCGGCGUGGCGUUCUGCGGUAUAAGAUGCAGGGACGCCGCGAUCUCCAGCUAUCACAAGUACGAGUGCAAGAUUCUGGCGCUGUUGAUAGGCUCGGGGAUGAGCGUGCUGAGCAUGCUCGCGUUACGAAUGGUCACUCAGAACGGUCCGAGGAAGUGUUCGGAGAUUUGGACCGCGCUGACGGGCCGCGACGUCGACGAACGAGAGGACAAAACCGCCGCGAGCAAGCAGAGUAAAUCGGCGAAACGACGAUCGAGGAAGAAGAAGUGGCGAGAUUCGCGACGCGAACAGAAUAUUCGCGAGGGAGACGGCGUCGAUCAGAGAGCGUACGAUCUGGUGACGCACGAGAAACAGAGAACGGCCAAAGACUUCCUCGAGAGAUCGUUGAUGGCCGCGUUUCUUCUCAGAUGCUUGCAGAGAGUAGGUUUCUUCGAACGGACGAGCAACGACGCAGAGACUCCGAACGAACGGGAGAUAGCGGUGGCCGCGUUACUCUCCAGACACCUUCAAUUGCUGCAGUUCAACGCUCACGAGGUGUUCGAAACGCGACACGGAACGGAGCAUCGGUUUCGGGGCAGUAAGCCCGUCUAUCUCGGAGUGGCCGUCUAUCCGACGGUCGCGCGUUUCAAUCACGACUGUUAUCCCGCGGUAACCAGGUACUUCGUAGGUCGAUCGAUCGUCGUCCGAGCGAUUCGUCGUCUUCGGCCGGGAGACGUGGUCGCGGAGAAUUACGGCCCGAUAUUCACCAAGAUACCAUUGAAAAAACGUCGAGAUACUCUGGCUGGUAGAUACUGGUUUCGGUGCGAGUGUACCGCCUGUCGCGAAGACUGGCCUCUCUUCGACGGUUUGACCAACGACCUCGUUAGAUUCAGAUGUCCCACCGAGAGCUGCGAGAAAUUGCACGGACAACCAGCAGAUCCGAGCACAGCGGUCGUCCUGUGUUCCGGUUGCCGACGAGAAGUCGAUUUGCGAGGUCCGCUCGAAAGCGUGCGCGAGUGCGAGCGCCUUUAUGCUCGCGGUUUCGCCGCGAUGGACGAAGAACGGCCCGAAGCUGCGUUGCGCGAAUUCCUCGAAGGAACGGACAAGUUUCACCGAGUCGCCGUACCACCCCACAGGGACACUCACCUCGCGGAAAUCGCGGCGAGCAUUUGCAUGGCCGAUCAGGGCAACGUUUGGUCGCAACCGAACCAAACGCUUUAACUCGAAGACGCUACCAAAUUGGAAGAACCCCGUGCAAGGAACAGAGGGAUUAGAGAUCGGUGGAAACGUAACAAAAGUUCACCUUCUGUUCGUGACAUUUUGCGAUUUUUUUGCCAUUUAUUUUUUAUAAUGCACAUGUUUCGUGAAAAAAUUAAAUUCCGUAUAUGAAAGUAGCUUUUCGAAAUUUCGCGUUUCGGUAUAAAAUUCACUGGGUUCGAAGAACAGGGAGUGGAUCGACGAAGGUGAGGACGUAAAUCGGGUGGAAGGAGAAAUAGAAGCGGAAGUAAGGAAGGGAAGAAAGAAGAAGGGAAAGCGGGAGACGAGGAAAGUUUUGAAAAGAAGGCUGCUGAUGGAUCGGGACGACUCGUCGAUCGGCGGACAUGCUCCGUACCGCUAACGAGACAUUUUUAAGUCUCGGCUUCUUCUUUGCUUUUCGUUCUCGUUUCUUGUCCGAUCCCGGACGGUUCUCGGACGUCUACUACGAUCUCUUUCUCUCGCGGAAAACUGAAUCGAAACUAAUUGACUGUCGCUAAACGUGCUUACACCCGCGUCUCCGAUUACUCUUUCCUUAUCCUUCUCUUCGUCCGUUUCUCGUCUGCCGAGGAUAAUGCGAUUGCUCUUCGACGUUCGACGAUCGAAACGGCGACCUUCGCUUGCUUUAAUUCGCUCUCAACGAACGCGCUAUACAGUUUCGAUCGUCGAUCGAUCGUAAAUUUAUCGAACGUCGCGUUUCACGUAAUCUUCCGCAUCCUUAGCGUUUCGUUUAAUUCCGAUAUUCACUUUCAACACAUGCAUUCUUUUUUUUUUUGUUCGCGUGCUUCGUUUCAAUUACGACGCUCGCUCGAUGCGAGUCGCGGCUUUUCCAUUUAGAUUUUCUUCCUACUCGACGAGAUCCUCCUCUUAAUACGCGCUCUCUCACUCUCUCUUUCUCGCUCACUCGCUCUCUGAUUUUUCUUCUCCUUCUCCCCAGCCGUAACGUCUCGUGGGAACGACGUCGCUGUUCUCGUUAAACGGUUUCUUCUUUAACUAUUAUCGCGUAUAUCGGUUUUCGAUCGAUCGCGUUUCUCCCACUCGGCGUCACGUUCGCACACCACUCGUUUCCUCCCUCGCGCCUCUUUUUCGCUUUCUUUCGCUUUCUUUCGCUUUCUUUCGCUUUCUCUCGAAUACCAACCCCUCCCUCCCUCUCGCGCUAUCUCUCUUUCUUUCUUCGCGUUUAGAUUUUCCUUCGAGAAAUUUCGAAUCCCGAUAGCAGAACACACUGAACGACUAUCGCGAAAAAUAUUCCCGACGGGAAACGCCGAGUAUCCGCGAAUACGACCGCGACUGCGACAAGUAACCAACUGCGCUGGCCACGACGAUGACGACGACGACCACAACGACGAUGACAAUGACAACGACGAUGACGAUGACGAUGACGAUGACGACGACGAUGACGGCAAAGACCAACGACCGAAGCGAUACGGCUUGAAUCGAAUGGAAGGUAAAAAAAAAAA